AUGGGGAUCAUGGGUUAUGGAGUGUGUGGCCACAUCAUCUAUGUCAGUUUUGUAAAUGGUUUACCGACUAAGCCGUUCAAAAUGGAAAGAGGGCUGAGACAAGGUGACCCACUUUCUCCUUUCUUGUUUGUCUUGGUUGUGGAUGUGCUGCAUCGAAUGGUUGGAGAAGCAGUGAGGAACAGCCGCAUAUCCCAUUUGUUGGUUGGGAGAGAUAGUAUAGAGUUGUCACAUCUACAGUUUGCUGAUAAUACAAUUAUGUUUUGUCCACUAGAAGAGAAGACUAUCAAGAAUUACAAGCGACUCCUGAGAUGCUUUGAGUUGAUGUCAGGACUUAGUAUCAAUUUUGAUAAGUCGAGCUUGAUUCCAAUAAAUUGUGACGAACAAUGGAUCUAG